AUGGCACACCGUGCCGCCAUUGCACAGCUCCGCGCUCAACGCCUCUCUGGCAAGACACGUCUUGAAACAUACCAAAUCGAGGACCAGGGUGCCAUCUACGACGAAGUCGACGAGGAUGGUUACAAGAAGGUCGUCCGCAGUCGACUCGACAAGGAUGACUUUGUUGUAGACGACAAUGGCGAAGGUUACGCCGAUGACGGCCGUGAGGAAUGGCAAAACGAACGCCAGUACUUCAGCAGUGACGAUGACGGGGAUGUCCUUCUAAAAGGGAACGCUGCCAAACGGAAGCGCGAAGAGGACCGCGAGAAAAAUGAACGAACGAAUCACAAAAUUAUGAACUACUUCAACAAUGCUCCUGUUGCAGCCCCGAAACCAAAGGUCCAAACUACUGCCGAAGAUGAGGCCUUCAUGGCUGACCUACUUGGCGAAGUCGAUGCCAAUAUCCUGCCAGCCCGGACAUACACCAAGAAGCCCGUCAAAUCGGAUAACCGUCGUAAAGUCAGGGUUCUUUCUCCGCCUCUGACCCAAGAACGGCCUCGACCAAAAUACCAAGCUCCGACCACAAGCCUUGUCGAUACUCCUCCUCCGCAAGCUGCUACUCGCGAUGACGACGUGUUGCCCAAUUUCGAUGACGAUGAUAAUAUCAUGAGUGAUCCUUUGCCCUCUUCACCAGUGGUCAAAGCCGUGGCACGCAAGGCAAAAGUGAACAUCAAAGAGGAGGACGAGGAGGAUGAUGAUGACAUGAUGGACGUUGCUCAAGUUGUUGCUCACGAAGGGGUUGAAACUGUGAGCGUCAAUAUGGCUGGCAGUCGACCUCCACCGAAGAUCAAAUCUGCACAACUGCCCACGCCUCAAAACUCGUCUCCUCCUCUGCCAGCAGUCAAUGAUGUAGACGCAUCGUCAUGGAACAAAAUCGCCAGCAAGCUCAACGUCCAGAGCAGCCCUUCGUCUGAAAGUUAUAUCUUCGGCAAAAUGAAGCCUCAGGAUGCUGUCGAAGAAGACGGCAGCCUUCGGUUCUUCUGGCUCGACUACACGGAAGUCAACGGCAGUCUCUGUCUCUUUGGGAAGGUCAAACACAAGUCAACUGGACGAUAUCUCAGCGCGUUUGUGAAGGUGGAUAAUAUCCUCCGGAAACUGUACUUUCUUCCGCGAAAGUUCAGACACGUCAACGGACGUCAGACAGACGAGGAGGUCGAGGUUGACGACGUCUAUGGAGAGGUUGACACAUUGAUGUCGAGAAUGAAGGUGACGACGAGAAAAGUCAAGCCAUGCACACGGAAAUACGCUUUCGAACUCCCAGAUGUUCCCAAGGAAGCCGAAUACCUCAAGUUGCUGUACCCCUACGAAAAUAGUGCUCUACCAAUGGAUCUGCAGGGAGAGACGUUCUCCCGAGUUUUCGGCACCAAUACGGCUCUCUUUGAGCAAUUUGUCCUGUGGAAGAACAUCAUGGGUCCAUGUUGGCUGAAUAUUGAGGAAGCGGAUUUCACGGCCGUCAAUAAUGCCUCUUGGUGCAAGCUCGAGUGUGCUGUGACCAAGCCAGCGAAAAUCACCCUUCUCCAAGAUUCUGACAAACUUGAGACUCCACGACUGACUCUGAUGUCGUUGGCUUUCCGCACCCAGCUCAAUGUGAAAGAGAACAAACAGGAGAUUUUGGUUGCAAGCGCCCGAGUCUACGAAAAUGUGUCACUCUCCGACACCACACCACCGGAGAAACUGCCCUCGAGAACAUUUACAGUGAUGAGACCAUCGGGAUCAGCUUAUCCACUAGGGUUUGAAGCCGAAACCAAGAAACAGAAUGGUACAUUCAUGCUCGAAAAGAGCGAACAAUUUCUACUCAGCAAGUUCCUCGCUCUGUUCGAGAAGGUGGAUCCGGAUGUCUUGAUGGGACAUCAGCUGCAAGAGGUCGACUAUAGUAUUCUCCUCAGUCGUCUCAAGGAGAAGAAGACGCCUGGGUGGCAUCGAAUCGGUCGACUCAAGCGAAGUGAAUGGCCAAAGACUUUUGGGAAGGGCGGCUCGUCAUUCUUUGCCGAACGACAACUUCUCGCUGGCCGACUCAUGUGUGACUUGGCCAACGACAUGGGCAAGUCACUGAUGACCAAAUGUCAGCAGUGGAGUUUAACCGAGAUGUGUGAGCUCUACCUUGGACCGGACAAUCCGAGACGCGAGGUCGACAAUGAAGCAGCCUUGAAGACCUGGGCAACUACGCGGGACGGUCUGAUCAACUAUGUCAACCAUUGCCAUGCCGACACCUUCUUCAUCGCCGCGCUUGUGCUGAAAUUGCAGAUGUUGCCACUGACUAAGGUGCUGACCGAGCUUGCGGGCAAUUCGUGGGCUCGCACUCUCAGUGGUACGCGAGCAGAACGAAAUGAAUACAUUCUGCUUCACGAAUUCCACCGCAACAAGUACAUCUGUCCCGACAAGGAGUAUGGCAAAGGUCGGGCUAAACAGACCGAGGAGAACGAGGACGGCGACGAAGGUGCCGAUACCAAGAAGAAAGACAAAUUCAAGGGUGGUCUGGUGUUUGAACCGGAGAAAGGGCUCUACGACAAGUUUAUCCUCGUGAUGGAUUUCAACAGUUUGUAUCCGAGUAUCAUCCAGGAGUACAACAUCUGCUUCACCACUGUCGAUCGGACAACGACAUCGGAGAACGAGAACGAGGAGAAAGUACCCGAGGUCCCAGUCGAACAAGCACAGGGAAUCUUACCGAAACUCAUUUCCACCCUCGUCAUGCGCCGUCGUGAAGUGAAGAAAUUGAUGAAAGACAAACGAGCAACAGCGGAAGAAAUGGCGCUGUGGGACACGAAACAAAUGGCUCUGAAACUCACGGCCAACUCCAUGUACGGCUGUUUGGGAUAUACUCAGUCACGGUUCUAUGCUCGACCGCUAGCCAUGCUCACCACGUUCAAAGGAAGAGAGAUUCUGAGAAGCACCAAGGAGUUGGCGGAGAGCAACCAGCUUCAAGUCAUUUACGGUGACACCGACUCUGUCAUGAUCAACACCAACGCCGACAACAUUGCCCAAGCAUUGAGUGUUGGGGUUGAGUUCAAACGGUCGGUCAAUGAACGGUACAAACUGCUGGAGAUUGACAUUGACAAUAUUUUCCGUCGGUUGUUGCUCCACGCGAAGAAAAAGUAUGCGGCGAUCAACAUGGCCGAAGUCGACGGCAAGUAUGUGGAGAAGCUCGAAGUCAAGGGUCUCGACAUGAAGAGGAGAGAAUAUUGCGCCCUUUCCAAAGAGGCUUCGCAGCGGCUUCUCAAUGAGAUCCUUUCCGGAGAGGAUCCGGAGUUGGUUCUGGAGAAGAUCCACGAGUAUUUGAGAGAGUUGGCCACCAAGAUGAGGGAAAACACGGUUCCUGUGCAGAAAUAUGUCAUCUACACCAAACUCGGUAAAAACCCUACAGAGUAUCCGAACGCGGAUUCGAUGCCUCAGGUGCAAGUGGCACUUCGUGAGAUUGCUCGCGGCAAGACCGUCCGAGUCAACGAUGUCAUGUCAUAUAUUGUCACCAUGGGCGACGAACAGACCAAAGGCUUACCGGCGCCCAAACGAUCAUACACGCCGCAAGACGUGCUAAAGUCGCAAUCCAGCCUGGUGCCAGACGUGGAAUACUACCUGUACAAGCAGAUCCUGCCACCCAUCGAACGGCUUUGUGCUCCAAUCCCGGGCACGGAUUCGGUCAGAUUGGCGGAAUGCCUGGGCCUCGAUGUGCGCAGGUAUCAAAUCAACACAUCCGGCUUGACGAGCCAGCAAAACACCGAAAUCUUCCCCCUCGAAUCACAGAUCCCCGACAGUGUGCGGUUCCAAGAUUCCGCUCGACUCCGUCUUUUGUGCCGAGCCUGCAAACAGACGACAGUGUUUGAAGGGCUUUGUGAUUCACCAGACGACUGCACGCCAGAGGGGAUCUUGUGCAGCAACGCCGACUGUCGCACGGUGUUCUCGACAAUGGCGAUCGCCGUGCAAUUGGAGUCUCAGAUCCGUGUCCAGACUUCUGCUUACUACGAGGGCUGGUUGGUCUGUGACGACCCGUCGUGUGGGAACAGAACCAGACAGAUGUCUGUGUAUGGCCAUCGAUGUCUCGGGCCGAAUGGUCGUGCCGAGGGAUGUCUGGGCCGCAUGUCGUACGAGUAUUCGGAGAAGAAGCUGUACAAUCAGCUACUGUACUUUGCUGCGUUGUUCGAUGUCGAAAGGGCCAAGAACAAGGCUCGCUCGGAGAAGGAGUAUGCGGAGAAGAAGGACAGGGUUGUUGUGCUGGCGGAGACGAAUAAGGAUCGCUUUGAAGCUGUCAAAGGUGUGGUUGAUGGGUAUUUGAGGAAAUGCGGGCGGCAAUGGGUCGAGAUGGAUACUCUGUUCAAGUUUGCGUUGAAAUAG